AAUAAUCUGAUGUUGUUUGUUUGUCACUUUACCAAAUCUCUCAUAGUUUAUAGUACGUCCUCUUCAUCUUUUCCUCUAGUGCCACAAUUUUUACAUCGAGAUAAUGGCGGAGCAAACCACCGCCGACCCAACAUUUUCCCCGGCUCUUGUCUCCGUGUCUUCUCCUAGUCCUCCUAAGAAACAAAACACCAGUCCUGUUGAUUCCAAACUCACGGAACUCAACGAAUCAAGAGCCGAGUUGCUUAAUAGGAUCCUGAAUCUGAAACAGGACUUGCAAAGCUGGAGAGGCAAGCUGGACACCCAAGUUCAAGUCUACCGUGAGGAGCUCUCUGGGUUGAAGAAGACUCUGAAUCUUGAAGUUGAGCAGCUUCGUGAGCAGCAAGAUGAUGUUUCUGCCAGCCUUAAAACCCCAGGCCUACAAGAUGACUCCAAAGAUUCAAAAGAGCAAAUGGUGACAGGAGAGAGUGGAAGCUCGAUUGACUGAUGAGAAUGCGAAAAAAGCAGAGCAUUAGAUGAUGAUAAUGUUUCUUCUUAUCAUCUUACCACUACUACUACUACAACUACGUUGAGAUUGUUACCGUUACUUCUUAAAUAUAUAGUACUUGCGGUUUAGUUAAUUCUAAUGAUGCACCACAA